AGCACCGCACCCGUGCCCCGCGCUACAACUAAUCCGCACGUCCCGGUCCCUCUCCCUCCCACGCCCCACCAAAUCUUUCCCACGCCGCCGCUCCUCCCAAUCCGCGUCCUCCUCUGCCUCUCCGCACAUCUCGCCGCUCCACGCCUCCUCCUCCUCCUCCCUCCGCUCGCGGUCGCCUCUCCCGAUAGAUCUGGUGCCAGGGUUCGUGACGCUAGCGGACGGGGGAGCGGAGACGUGGGGGGAUGGGGAAUCUGCGUGGCGGCCUCGACGAGCAGAUCGAGCCAUGGCGGCGGCGGAGGAAGCCAUGGCACCGGCGCAGAUCGACGUGAGGAUGGACGUGGCGCUGCUCCACUGCCAGGCAUGCCUCCUCCCCCUCAAGCCCCCAUGUUCAGGGACUUCGGCUGGGACCUACCACGGCGUGGCGAAGCACAAGCGCGUGUGCCCGUGGAUACCCUGCUCAUGCCCGCAGCCGGACUGCGCCUUCCUCGGCCCCCCGGCAGCGCCAAGCCCCCCGUCGAGCUCGAGGCGCAUGACGACUAUGGCAAUUGGCGCCAAAUCCCGGAUUUCAUUGGAACAUGUGUGAAGAAAUGCCUGUCACCUAGUACUUCGAGCCGGUGGCCACCUUCUUCUUCACCCAGAAGAAGAAGGAGGGGAGCUGGCCUUCUUCAUGUCUCGGGGGAGUGUCUUCCUUGGAUUCAACAAGAAGGGGACCCGGCCUUCUUCACGUCUCGUGCAACAAGGGUGAUUGACGCGGACAACCACAGCCCGGUGGGUUUCCUGCUCUUCAACCACUAGGAGGCGGACUUCACCGUGAAGCCCGGAGACUGUGUCGUGCAGAUGACUGUCCAGGUGAUUGCGAAUUGCGACACUGGAGGUUGCCGAGGUGGAGGACCUCGAUGCCACCGUCCGGCGGGAGGGAGGGUUCGGGUCCACUGGUAGUUGAACUCCAAGUCUUGGUAGAUACAUCUAGACAAGUGGUAUGGUUGUUUGCGUCUGGUGUUAAAUGGGAUCUCGUGAACUCUACGAGCUGAGAUGUUCAAUGUUGCGUCCAUGAACGCUGCAAGUGCUAAGAUUGGUUAUGUGAUCUUAGUUUAUUUUGCACUGGACAUGUCUUGAUUUCCAUCCACGAA